AUGAAUCAGCGUGUACCUAGCUGGGAUCUUGAUGAUAAUCCCACCCCGCAAAGGUUGGAUUAUGAAGUUGCAGAGCUGACAUGGGAAAAUGGGCAGCUAGCCAUGCAUGGAUUAGGUCCUCCUCGAGUGUCAAACAAACCGGUGGCUGCAUCGGCCGGUUCGACUAAAUACACGUGGGAUAAGCUACACGCCGGUGGCACGCUAGAAUCAAUAGUUGACCAAGCUACGCGCCACCCUAACAGUGGUGGAGAUGAGCUGGUGCCUUGGUUUGACCAUCACCGCAAUAGGGUCAACCCUGAAGCCACUGCCGCCGCCACCAAGACUAUGGAUGCUUUGGUGCCAUGCACCAAUACUAGCAGCCAAGAACCCUCCGCGCACGUGCGGGAACCCGUGACGGGGAUUGACACGCGCGUGGUGGGAUGUUCCACUCUUGUGGGGUCCUGCAGUAGCGCCGACGCUGCCGAAUUGGCACGCGUGGGAAGGGAAAGCGCACGUGACUGGAGUAGCAAAGCGGAUCAGAGCUUGAGUGUGAGCGGGAGAGACAGCCAUAAAGUGACUCUUGACACGUGCGACCUAGAAUUGGGUUCGCCGGAAAACAUCAGCUCCGCCAAAGAUUGGGCCAAGACCGGCGAGGACCACGACUCCGUUUGUCACAGUAGAUCGCAGAGGGAGACUAGCAAUGUGGAGGAUAAGAAGAAAGGAACAAGAAAAUCCUCAAUUUCAACUAAAAGGAGUAGGGCAGCUGCUAUUCAUAACCAAUCUGAACGUAAAAGAAGAGACAAGAUUAAUCAGAAGAUGAAGACAUUGCAGAAGUUGGUCCCAAAUUCCAGCAAGACUGAUAAAGCCUCAAUGCUGGAUGAAGUAAUAGAAUAUCUCAAACAGCUGCAAGCACAAGUUCAGAUGAUUAACAGAAUGAAUAACAUGUCAUCUCUGAUGAUGCCAUUGGCAAUGCAACAACAGCUUCAAAUGUCAUCGAUGAUGAAUCCCAUGGCCGGAAUAGGAAUGGCGGCCAUGGCUGGGAUGGGAAUGGGAGUAAUGGAUUUAAACACAAUUGGCCGUGCCGCAAUUCUUCCCCCCUUUCUUCCUCCAGGGGCCGCACCACCCUUUAUGCCGCCUUGGGAUCGUAUGCCAACUCCAGCUUCUGCAAUGUCUGCAGACCCCCUAUCUGCAUUCCUUGCUUGCCAGUCACAGCCAAUGAGCACGGAAGCUUAUAGCAGGAUGGCAGCAUUGUAUCAGCAAUUCCAACAACCCCUUGCUUCUGGUUCAAAAAUUUAA